CACCUCUUCAGUUUAGUCCAGUUCUUUUACUCUGUUGCUUCAUUUUUGGGGGGUUGAUAAUUGAGAUUCCAUUAUAAAGCAAUCUGUUCUGACUACUGAAAAUCUCAAGAUGAAGGGCGACGACACACAUUUCACGCUUACAAACAACCACAUCGUUUACUACACCUUUUUCACUAAAUUUCUAUCUCUUCCAUCUUUCAAUAAUUUCCCCAAAUCUUUGAGUAUCAGAGAUUCGGCAGAAAAUUGUACAGUGCACCUACAGCUGCACUGAAGAAGCAAAUUUGGGUUGGGGCACUUUUAUUUAAAUAAAACGUAUUUCUUCUAACAACCCAAGGAAAUGAACAAAAGGGUAUCUCAGCUUUUAGGCCUUAAACCACAAUCAUCCAUAGUGUGCUAAUUUUAUCAAAGCGAAAAUUAAAGAAAAGAGACAAGAGCCGGAUUCUCUGAAGUAGGGGCCCUUUAUAGCUCGUUUGUUUAAUAUACAAAUCAAAAGAUUUUUGUUCCUAUCGUAUAAUAAUUCCAAACCAAAGAUUCAGCCUCAGGGGUACUUGUAAUAUAUGAUCAAUCAAAACUCAUGUGGGAUUUUUCUCUCAAUAAAAAGAUAUAUAUAUAUAUAUAUAUAUUAAAGGAAACACGAUUGAGAUUUGAGGAUUGCAGUUACAAAAGCUCCAGUCACGUGAGCUACGUUGGCUAUGGUGUCUUCUUCUUUAAAGUUCACCCAAACCUUUCUUCGGAAUUUACUCCCCUUGCCUAUGGCCAUUAUCAUCCUUCCAUUUUUAUCUUUUAUCUCUUCUCUUCUUUCCCAUCUUCCCCUGUAAAUAUUACUGUUUCUUCUUUUGGCUAUGGAGUUUAAGCUUUUGUUUCACUUCCUCUGUUUCCUUCAUUUGUUGUUAUCGAUAUCAGGGGCAACGAUAGAGCAAGCGGACGGAAACCCAGACAGGGAAGCUCUGGUUUCCUUCAAAAGAGGGCUUCAAAACCCUCAUUUUCUAUCAUCAUGGAACCAAAAAAUUCAUUUCUGCAAGUGGGAUGGUGUCACUUGUCGGCUCGGCCGAGUCAUCUCGCUUUCUCUUCCAUCUCGGUCCUUGACAGGUUCUCUCUCUCCGUCCCUUUCGUCCCUCUCAAACCUCACCCUCCUAGACCUGUCCUCUAACUCCUUCUUUGGCCAAAUUCCGACUGAGUUGGCCGAGUUGACUCUCCUCAAGACCCUCAAACUCGGGUCUAACUCUUUCACCGGAAACAUCCCUUCCGAGCUGGGCAGCCUGAAUGCACUUCGGACGCUAGAACUUUCCACCAAUGCACUCACUGGCACAGUGCCGGCUAAGCUUGGACAGUUAACUCAGCUACAGUUCUUGGACCUGGCUAACAAUUUCCUUUCAGGUUCUUUCCCUUCAACACUCUUUGAAAACCUUCAGUCUUUAACCUCUCUGGAUAUUUCCAACAAUUCUUUCUCUGGUAAUAUCCCGCCUGAAAUUGGUGAGCUAAAAAACCUGACCGCUCUUUACAUUGGAAUCAACCAAUUUACAGGGAAAAUACCACCUGAAAUUGGUAAACUUUCACUCCUUGAGAACUUUUUUUCACCCUCUUGUUCCAUAACAGGACCUUUGCCUAAACAACUAUCCAAUCUAAAAUCACUCACCAAGCUCGACCUUUCUUAUAACCCAUUGAAAUGUUCCAUUCCAAAGUCUAUAGGAAAGUUACAGAAUUUGACUAUAUUGAACCUCGUCUACACCGAGCUCAAUGGUUCAAUACCAGCGGAGCUUGGGAACUGCCGGAAUUUGAUGAUGUUGAUGCUGUCUUUCAAUUCGCUGUCCGGGUCCUUGCCUGAGGAGCUUUCAAGUUUGCCUAUGCUGACGUUUUCUGCUGAAACGAACCAGCUUUCUGGGCCACUGCCACCUUGGCUUGGGAAAUGGACCCAGGUGGAGUCUUUGCUACUUUCAAACAACCACUUUUCAGGUAACAUCCCUCCUGAAAUUGAGAAUUGCUCAAGGCUUAAGCACCUUAGUUUGAGCAAUAACAAGUUGUCGGGUUCGAUACCAAGAGAGUUAUGCAAUGCAAAAUCACUCUUUGAGGUUGAUCUCGAUGGUAAUAACCUUUCGGGUACCAUUGAGGAUGUGUUUGUGAACUGUAGAAAUCUUGCUCAGUUGGUUUUGCUCAAUAAUCACAUUAAUGGUUCAAUCCCAGAGUAUCUUUCAGAGCUUCCAUUGAUGGUUAUUGACCUUGACUCCAACAAUUUCACUGGUACCAUUCCUGUGAGUUUAUGGAGUUCAAAUAGUUUGAUGGAGUUUUCUGCUGGAAAUAAUAUGCUAGAGGGGACUCUGCCAGUUGAUAUUGGAAAUGCGGUUACAUUGGAAACGCUUGUUCUUAGCGGUAAUCGUUUGAAGGGAAAUAUACCAAAGGAGAUCGGCAAUCUCACAGCUCUUUCUGUGCUAAACUUGAACUCGAAUUUCUUGGAAGGAAAUAUACCUGUUGAAAUUGGAUACUGCAAAGCAUUGACAACGCUGGAUCUUGGAAACAACAAUUUCAGUGGAUCAAUUCCCAUGGAACUUGCAGACCUUGAUCAGCUGCAGUGCCUGGUUCUUUCUCACAAUAAUCUAUCCGGUUCCAUCCCUUGGAAGCCAUCUUCAUAUUUCCAUCAGGCUAAUCUGCCCGACUUGAGCUUUGUGCAGCAUCAUGGAGUAUUCGAUCUGUCACACAAUAGGUUGACUGGUCCCAUACCUGAAGAAUUGGGAAACUGUGCAGUGGUGGUGGAUCUUCUUCUCAACAACAACAUGCUUACUGGCUGGAUUCCAGGAUCACUUUCUCGUUUGACAAAUCUUACAACUUUGGAUUUGUCUGGAAAUUUGCUGACGGGUCCUAUUCCUGUUGAAUUCGGUGACUCUCUCAAGCUUCAGGGCUUGUAUUUGGGGAAUAACCAGCUUACAGGAACCAUCUCUGAAAGCUUAGGCCGUGUGGGUAGUUUGGUAAAGUUAAAUUUGACUGGCAAUAGGUUAUCUGGUGUAGUUCCUGCGAGUUUUGGGAACUUGAAAGAACUUACUCACUUGGAUUUAAGCAAUAAUAAGCUUGCCGGUGAGCUACCUUCGUCAUUGUCCCAGAUGCUUAACCUGGUGGGGCUCUAUGUUCAGAAGAAUAGGCUUGCUGGUGAGAUACAUAACCUGUUCUCAAAUUCCGUGUCUUGGAAGAUUGAAGACUUGAAUUUGAGUAAUAACAUUUUCUAUGGAAGCUUGCCCCAAUCUUUGGGCAAUUUGUCUUAUUUGAUGUACUUGGAUCUUCAUGGAAAUAAAUUUAGUGGUGCCAUUCCUUCAGAAAUUGGUAACUUGAUGCAACUAGAGUAUUUUGAUGUAUCCGGAAACAGAUUUUCCGGACAGAUUCCGGCGGAAGUGUGUGGUUUGUUCAGUCUGUUCUACUUGAAUCUAGCAGAAAACCGGUUGGGAGGACCUGUGCCCAGAAAUGGUAUUUGUCAAAACCUGUCAAAAAUCUUUCUAGCUGGGAACAAUGAUCUGUGUGGAAGAAUUACAGGUUUGAAGUGCCAGAUCAGAAGUUCUGAAAGAUCUUCUUUGUUAAAUGCCUGGGGCCUUGCAGGGAUUGUGGCUGCAAGUGUCUUUAUCAUUUUUGCUUCAGCCUUUGCUGUACGCAGAUGGAUUAUGCGGAGUGGCCAGCUGAGUGAUCCAGAAGAAAUUGAGGAAAGCAAAUUAAACAACUUCCUGGAUCAAAAUCUCUGCUUCUUGAGCAGCAGCAGCAGGUCAAAGGAGCCGCUGAGCAUCAAUAUAGCGACAUUUGAGCAGCCACUCCUGAAACUCACACUCGGUGACAUCCUUGAGGGAACCCAUCAUUUUUGCAAGACCAACAUAAUCGGAGAUGGAGGCUUUGGAACUGUGUACAAAGCUAAGUUGCCUAGUGGGAAGACUGUUGCAGUUAAGAAGCUAAGCCAGGCCAAAACACAAGGCAAUCGAGAAUUCAUAGCUGAAAUGGAAACCUUGGGAAAGGUGAAGCACCAAAAUCUUGUUCCAUUGCUUGGAUACUGUUCUUUGGGUGAGGAGAAGCUCCUUGUUUACGAAUACAUGAUCAAUGGAAGUUUGGAUCUUUGGUUGAGAAAUCGCAGUGGAGCUCUUGAUGUCCUUGAUUGGUCCAAACGCUUCAAAAUCGCUGUUGGUGCUGCUCGGGGACUAGCAUUUCUUCACCAUGGUUUCAUUCCCCACAUCAUCCAUAGAGAUAUCAAAGCCAGCAACAUCUUACUCAGUGAAGACUUUGAAGCAAAAGUUGCGGACUUCGGGCUGGCAAGACUGAUUAGUGCUUGUGAAACUCAUGUUAGUACUGAUAUAGCAGGGACUUUUGGUUACAUUCCACCAGAAUAUGGACAGAGCGGUAGGUCCACUACAAAGGGAGAUGUUUUCAGUUUUGGUGUGAUACUGCUGGAAUUGGUGACUGGGAAAGAGCCAACAGGCCCUGAAUUUAAAGAGAUUGAAGGAGGGAAUUUAGUUGGAUGGGUGACUAAGAAGAUAAAAAAGGGUCAGGCUGCAGAUGUUUUAGAUCCUGUGGUUAUGGGUGUGGAUUCAAAGCAGAUGAUGCUUCAGGUGCUCAGUAUUGCUGCAGUUUGCCUGGCCGAGAAUCCUGCUAACAGACCUACCAUGCUUCAAGUGUUGAAGCUCCUCAAAGGGAUCCACAAGGAGUAACUGUCUUUCUGCCUGGAAACGUGACACUUUUCUUUAUUAAUAAUCCUGUAAAGUAAGUAUUAUUAAGAAGUUAGAAUGUGCACGGUGUAAGGUUUCAGUUGCUAAUCUAAUUAUAUAUCUUGACACUGUCUCUUGUCAAUUCCCAUAUUUGAUAGUCUUUAUCAUUUCUUCCACUUUUCUGUAAAUCAAGAUUCUAGCAAUUGGGAGCAUUGAAAUGCAAGCAGAGAAGUCUCAUAUCAUCCGUGCUUUACAA